AUGCUGCUGUCCUCCAUAGUGCUAUUCCGUACGUCCAGAUUGGUGUGCGGCCUGCUACCGAACAUCGGCGGGGCGGGAGACGCGGUGCGCCGACUUUACGAGGGCGUCAUUCUGUCCCGAGUGAUGUACGGGGCCCCGGUAUGGGCGGACGACCUGAUGGCGAGCCGCCGCAGCAUCCUGCUCCAGAGGAGGCUACACAGGGUAACCGCCAUCAGAAUCAUUAGGGGAUACCGGACAGUGUCUCACGCGUCGGCGACCGCCCUAGCUGCGUCCCCUCCGUGGGAGCUCCGGGCACUAGCGCUCAAAAAGAGAUACACCCACCGGAGAGCAUGGCAUCCGGGAGAAGAUCCGACCGAGCAAGCGGCUCCGAACGACAUAGGAACCGCUGAGGAGGACACGUGGGACCGGUGGCGAUCCCAGCUGAUCAACGAGGGAGGUGAACAUCGGGACGCGGAGGCGGUCCUCCCAAACACUGGGCGGCAUGGAGAAGCCGCCACAGUCUCCCGCUCACAUUCAGAAUGA